CCCAUCUCACUCCAAUGAUGGGCCCUCCCUAUCCCUAUCCAUCUCGCCCGACUAGGCUCAGCUGCAGCUCUACUGCCACUCACUCAAACGCCUCCGAUCCCAGCCGCAGGAACAUCCACAGGAAGGAGAACCAGUUCAUAUACCGCAACGGCUCCAAGCUCCAUGCCUACGACAGAGAGAAGGUCCCCUAUCCUAGCUCCUUCGAUCGAGAUGUUAUCGAACUCCAAAGCCUGGACAAUGCUAUACUCCUCGACUCUACGGGCAAGUCUACUUACAUCGACUUUGAAGCAAGGCCGAAGCCGACGCGAUGUCUAGACAUCGGCACUGGGUUGGGCCUGUGGGUCAUUUCCGCCGCGAAGCUUUGGCCGGAGGCCACAUUCGUUGGGCUGGACAUGGUCAACAUACAAAUCCCCCUCCAAGUGCUCGAACAAGACAUCGCCGAGCGCAUAGAAUGGGUGCACACGAACAUCUUACGAAAUAAGCUCCCCUUCGACGACGACGAGUUCGACCAUGUGCAUAUCAAUGGCAUAGCGCUUGGUAUCCCUGAGAAUAAGUGGUAUCCGCUGUAUGAAGAAAUACGUCGAGUUAUGAAGCCAGGCGCUACCAUUGAGCAUAUCGAAGAAGACGCAAUAUUCCCCAGUUUACCACGUUGGUACACUGACCCUUUGCGAGCACACUCUCGUGGCCUUUCGACAUCAGGAAGCGUGCAAGCUCGCCUGUCCUACAGUGCUUCAUCAGCAACAUCUCACCUCAGACACGAACACGAGCUUCUUGAGACGCUCUACGACGACGUUUGGUCCACUAGAUUCAUCAAUGCCUACCCCACGUCAAUAUUACCCGGAUACUUUGGAGCAUUCUUCGAGCGUGUAUUAUCACCCCCCGUUGUACAGUAUAUGUCCCCUCCAUUUGCACCAUUUGCGCCUCUUCCAGGAACUCGCGACUCCAAGAUACCCCCAUUACCCCGUGCCAUAACGCCACACCCCAACGGCACUACGACUACGAUACCCCAAGGAAACGGCUCCCCUCGCGCAGCGACAUUCACCAACGGUUCCCUCACCACAUCCCCGUCGUCUACGCUACGAGUGUCGACGGAAGACGUAGCAAAGUGCGGCCUAUCACCCUGUCCCUCCGUAUCCUCCCUCCCUCACGAGGAACUCGACGAGCGCGCGCCCUCCCAGAAAGAUCCCGAGGCAGCAUCCAUGUUGUCCAACACGAGUCAGGCAGGGUCGUACUCUUCCGGAUCGACAUCUUCCAAGUCCGCCAAGCGGCCAUCCGUUAUGCUCCUCGCUUCCCCAGAGGAGGGCACGUCGCUGGGGGGAGAUAGCGCGGCGGACAUAUUCCCAGUGGAGAAGGUGCAGGCGCAAGACGAACAGACGAAGUAUAUGCACCUUUAUCGCACAGUCACCUGGGUCCUGUCGACGAAGGAAGCGAUGUGGGACGAGCUGCUGGCCCGCGUGCAGGCGAGGGACGAGACUCUGCGGAAGUUUGGAUGGAAAGACGAGGACUACAACGAGCAGGCGAGUCGGGCAAGGUUCGAGUAUGCCAUCGACCAGUACCAGAGCGAUAUGCGAGGUCGGAUAUCUCUCUGGAACUGCGCCGUCCAGAACGGCUGGGAGCUCCCCUUCCGCGACCCACCGACGCAAGCGGAGGUAGGGGAGGAGAUGCAGCUCCGACAUGAGAUUUUGGAGGCGCAGAAGCAAUCCGAUACCGGGGCGCUCGAGCCGCCGGUGAGGAAGAUUCGGAUCCUAAUCGGGUCCAAGGAGUCUUGACCUCGAACUCUACCUAUCUGCCUGGCGGUCGAGAGAUGUGUCAUUGGACACGCCCGUGUGUUCGGUGGUUGUUACGAUUAGGUGUCGUCGCUAUGUUUUGUGGACGGUGUCGGAAGCAUAUGCAUAUUGCAUCGCGCAGCGGUCCGCGACUUUCGGGGCCGGCCGUCUGUCGCAGAUCAUUGAUUCGG